GCCCUGUACCAUGUGACCUCUGUGAUCAUUCACAGAUUUCACACGUAGUAAGCAAUGAUGUCAGAAGUGACAUCUUGCUUACUACUCUGCAUGUGAUCGGGACCUCGCACAGAGGUCCCGUCCAAUGAUCGGGUUUCCACUGUGUCCGGAGGACACAGCGGGCACCAGAUCGUGGUGCUGCGAGCUCCCAGGGAGCACGCACAAGCGGGGGGAGCGGAGGCUGUUUAUAAACGGCCACCUGACCUGCACUGCCACCGUCUGGUCGUUUAUAUACAACGGUGGAGGGCAAGUGGUUAAU